UGCUGUGUAGGUGAUUGGCCAUCCCAAGUACCAAGGAUCCAGAAGAAUUGCCAUCUUUCUGAGCAUGCCAGAUGAAAUCCAGACAGAAGAAAUCAUUAAGGACAUUUUUAAGCAAGGCAAGGAGUGUUUCAUCCCACGUUACAAGCCUCACAGCAAUCAGAUGGAUAUGCUGAAGUUAUCGUCAGCUGAAGACAUUUCUUCUCUUACUCUGACGUCCUGGAAUAUUCUUCAGCCUAGUGAUGAUGACAGCGCAAGAGAGGAGGCUCUUGCUGGUGGGGGUCUUGACCUUAUCUUCAUGCCAGGCCUUGGGUUUGACAAAAAAGGCAACAGAUUGGGAAGAGGGAAAGGAUAUUAUGAUACCUAUCUUGAAAGAUGUAUGAAACAUCCCAGUGGAAAGCACUACACGAUUGCCUUGGCUUUUAGGGAACAGAUUUGUGAAUCAGUGCCUGUGACAGAAAAUGAUGUCCAAGUGGAUGAAAUCCUUUAUGAAGACUGCUGAAAGUAUCUAGGUACCAAUCCACCUUCAGAGUGACCAACCAAAGAUGUCAGAUCCAUCAAUCAUGACUUUGCAAUAAUCAUAUAGGACUUUGGGAGCAAUAAAAUACACUGUUUGUGUUUGAACAAAAAAACCCAAACAGUGUAAAUGUGGUAAUAGUAGUGAGGAUUGCAUUGAUUUGCUUCUAACUAGCAAAUACCU